GCUGCCAAACAACAACUUGAAGAAGUGGACGCCGCGCGGUCGGACUCCAUCGUGGUUCUCUCUGCCAAGUUGGCCCCACCUGUUGUGCCUAUGGAAGCUCAAGUGGAGGAAGCGAAUUCUGAGUCUGAGCUAUUUGGACCUGAAACGGAUGGUGAUGGUCAAGUCCCUGAGGCUGAAGCCCCUGAGAUUCCCAAUGAAACAGGUGAUGAUGCUAC